CAACACCCACGCAGACACAGAUAUAAAUAAAAGACAGCCACCAUGCCUAUCACCGAGAUAACCAGCCUCCAAGAACUCCUCCAAACCCUCAACGCAUCCACCCCCAGCAAAGUCGUCGUCCAGGCCUCCGCGGCAUGGUGUAAACCGUGCGACGCCAUUGCGCCCCAUGUGGACCGUUUGAGCAGCGAGUAUCAGCAGAAAAAGGAGGGAGAGGGAGAGAAGAAGGAAGGCGAGAAGGAGGGGGAGGGGAAAGGAGAAGUCAGAUUCGUCCGGUUCGACAUCGACAGCGCAGCGGAUCUGGCGCAGGAGUUGGGCGUGCGUGCUGUCCCUGCUUUUUUCUUUUUCUCGGAUGGGGAGCUCGUGGAUGAGUACAAGGGGGGGAGGGUGAAUCUGUUGGAGGAGAUGAUUGGGAGGAAUAUUGGGUGAUUUUCUUUUUUCUAUCUUUGAGGGGUAUGGUUUUGGAUUUAAGGGGGAUGGGAUUUCGUGGGUAUAUGAUCAUUUCAUUCUCAUUAUCAUUAUCAUUAUUGCUUUUGUUGUUGGUAGUGGUAUUACUGUGCAGUGUUUGAUGAUAUCCCAUCUAUUCUUCGCCAUCCAAUCCGUCCACGGGGUUAGGAAACAGAUUACUUGCGGCAACACGAUCCAAAACACAUAUCUCCCGCUAUUCACACACAUCAGCAUCUCAAC